GCGAGGAGCGACAGCCCAGCCACGCACGCGCAGUGCGGCGCGCCGAGGCCGCCCCGUGCCCGUAGCCAAGAUGGCGACAGCCGGAGGUUUUUAAGGGGGGGAAAAGCGACAGCCCAGCCACGUUCCUUUUGCCGCGCACGCGCAGUGCUGUGAACAGAGGCCGCCCCUUUGCCCGUAGCCAAGAUGGCGGCGGCCUGAGUUAGGUGGGGGCAGAAAGCAGAGGCGAAGCGACGGUCGGCCUCUUUUCCCUUCUCAUGCCCCGCCGGGAUGCUCCGCUCGAGCGGCUUCCUCCGCGGCGUCGAGUGCCCCUUCGGGCCGGCCUGCGGGAGGCCUUACUGCCACUUCCGACACCCGCCGGGGGCUCCACAGGCCGCCGCCCUCCUCCUCUCCGGGCCAACGCCUCCUCCGCGGCGCCUCUCCGCCCGGCCGGGCCUCAGCAGCGGCAGGAGCCCCUCCGCGGCAGCAGGUUGCGGCUAUGACCCGUACAACCCAGAACUUCCCAAGCCCGUGCUGCGAAGCCGGAAUGGCGCCUUGGAGGAGAUCGCAGAGGCGGCUCCCGGCAUCCUGGAGCUCGAGCUGGUCAACAAGGCCAUCGAGGCCGUCAAGAAUGAAGUCGAGCGGGAGCAGAAAAAGUACAAGGAGCUCUUGGAGACAACCAAGGAGUACAGCUCGUCCGAGCCCCCUUUGCUCGCUACGAAGGCUGCCGGGUCAGCAGCAACCACCUCGUUUCCUGCCUUGGAAUAUACCCCAGCUGGCUACAAUCCGGGCGGUAACACCGACUACAACCCCACUCCGCUUGGAGCGGCUGCUCGCAGCCGUUCCAGCAAGUACACCCUGGAUUCUUUUGACAAAGCAAAAUGCAAGGGGAGCUCGCUGGAGUAUGUCCCCACGAUAGUCACGCAGCCAAAGAGGUACAGCUGCCCUGCGGCAAAUAGCAAAUACACCGUCGACAACUCCAAACCUUCGACGGACUUGGAGUACGACCCUCUUUCGAAUUACUCCGCUAGGCUCUUGAGCAAAGCCAAGGAAGAGAAAGGGACCAAGCGGAAAAGGGCCCCCGAUCCCGGGGAGGCGUAUUCGCCUUCGCUGAAGAAGCAUUGCGAUGUGGGCAGCAGCCACGAGCCGGUCGCCAGGUUCUCCGACUCGGAAGAGGAGCGUGAAGCGGCUCCCAUCCUCCCUCUGAAGUCCAAAGGGGGUUCGGAAAGCAAGCUGAUGGGCGGGGCGAUCGCCGGAGAGAAGGGGACUUGGCGGAUGGAUUCUGGUUCUCGGCAGAUGAAAGAGACGGCAGUGCAGUACGAUAUGGGAGACAUCGAGAGCCCUCAAAAGAGUGUCGUCAGAGACUCCCCGGAGAAGGAUGCCAAGCUGUCCAAAGGGCCCCCCAGCAAGGACACAAGUGAGGGAGAGAAAAGCAAAGGGGGGUUGAAGGACAAGACGAAAAAGAAAAACGCCGAUGACCAUGCAGCAGACGGUAAGAAAAAACACAGCAACGUUGCAGACAAGGAGAAGGUGGAGACGAACGCACAGCGCAGAAAUGGGGAGAGGAGAGAGGAGAAGCGCACCAAGCCCCAUGUCGACGGGCAUGUGAAGAAGCGGGACGAACACCCCAAAUCUGCCAAGGCAGCUGGAAGUGAGGGAAACUCGGGCGCAAGCGGGAACGUCGUCAAAGGAUCCAGCGCCGAGAAAGCAGGCAAUAGCAAGCAAGAAAGGAAGGCAAAGGCCAGGGACUCGAAAAUCAAGGCCGAGACUAGGCGGGCCGAAGGCAAAGACCGGAAAGGGAAGCAGCCAGCCUCAAAGAGGCCCAAGGAGAAGCUGGCCAUCUCCUCAGGCAAAGGGAACUCUGACAUCACGUGCAAGGCGAAACGCCGGGCGCUGAGCCACGCUGACCUCUUCGGCGACGAGAGUGGGGACGAGGGGCAGGCAGCGAAGCCUCUUCCUGCCGUGUUCGCGGAUGUGAGUUCGGACUCGGACGGAGAUGAUAGCUGUUUCUUUUCACCUCAGGACAAUGGGGUGACAAGCGUUAAGCAAGCAAAGAUGUCCAAAGCUGCUCCCUCCUCCUCCUCCUCCUCUUCUUCUGAUGAGCUUGAUUAUUCGGUCCUCGAGAACGACCUGGACUUUGAGUCUGACCCAAUGGAGGAGUGCCUUCGGAUUUUUAACGAAUCGACUGACAUCAAAACGGAAGACAAAGGCAGGCUGGGAAAGCAGCCAUCAAAGGAGGAAGAGACCGAGGAAAAGGCAGCGGGAGACAGUUUAACCACGCUCUUUCCUGGUCAGAAGAGGAGGAUCUCUCACGUCGCGAAGCAAGGAAGUGCUGACGCCCUGAUCAAGCCGGUUGUCCGUCCGUACCGCCCCCCGACUGCCCAAGAGGCCUGCUACCAGCGGAUCCAACUGGCCCAGAAGCAGGCGGCCCAGCUGGCUCAGCUGGCCCAGCAGCGGUUGCCUUCGUUGUCGCCGAGAGGCUCCAUUGCGACGCACAAAGGAGAAAAGAAGCGGAUUGCCCACGUGCCCAACGCGGCUCUGCCUGCCGUCUCCAAGUGCGGCCCCGGAAGUCUUCGGAAAACCGGUCUGCCUGGGAGUGUAACAUUUUCCAACGGCGCCGAGGCUCUGUCCCUGAAAGCUCGCACGCUUGCCGGAAUGGCGUCCAAGACGACGACCACAGGCGUCCCGAAAAGGGUAGCACAUGCUCCCACACUGCAGAGUGCGGCUUUAAAAAGGCCGGUUAUUCCCACCGAGUUCGGCGCCAAGGUCCCCACCAACAUCCGGCAGAGGUACCUCAACCUCUUCAUCGACGAGUGCCUGAAGUCGUGCCCCUUGCAGCAGAAAGCAUUUGACAAGGCUCUGGCAGAAGAGAAGGUGGUGUACGACCGCAGCACCAGCCGAAACAUCUACCUGAACGUGGCGGUGAACACCCUGAAGAAGCUGAGGAGCUUGCUUCCCAGCCCCACGCAGGAUGCACACAGGGCCGGCAACAGGAAGAUGGUGUCUCACGAAGCUAUGCUCGGUGGCAAGCUGGCAGCCAAGACCAGCUUCACGUUGAACCGCUCGGCAACCUUCCGGGUGGAAGACCUGACAGGAGCCUCCUUGUACCAAAGGCUCAAGGAGUAUGUGUUGACAGAGGAGGAGCUGAAGGAGCACGGUUACCCCCUGCCGUGUCCUGAGGUGUCGGGCCGUGCGGUUGUCUUCACCUUGGAAGAGAAGAAAACGACGGAAGGCUCCUGCAGAGUUUGCUGUCGCUGCGGCACUGAGUACAUGGUGACCCCUUCAGGGAACUGUGUCCGUAAGGAGGAGUGCAUCCACCACUGGGGGAAAUUGCGCAAACAGAGAGUUCCAGGUGGCUGGGAAACCCAUUACAACUGUUGUUCGGGAGCAGUGGGUUCCCCUGGGUGCCAAGUCGCAAAACAACACGUCCACGAUGGCCGGAAGGAUAGCCUGGAAGGCUUUGUGAAGACGUUUGAGAAGAUGCCCAACACGGACGGCAAUCCGGGCAUCUACGCCUUAGACUGUGAAAUGUGUUACACCAAGCUAGGCCUGGAGCUGACUCGAGUCACCGUGAUCAACUCGGAGCUGAAGGUCAUCUACGACACCUUUGUCAAGCCCGACCACAAGGUUGUGGACUACAACACCCGAUUUUCAGGCGUGACGGAGGCGGACCUGGAGACGGCGUCCAUAACGCUCCGGGACGUCCAAGCGGUCCUCUUGAGCAUGUUCAGCACGGACACGAUCCUGAUAGGGCACAGCUUGGAAAGCGACUUGUUUGCACUAAAGCUCAUGCACCGCACGGUGGUCGACACAGCGGUUGUCUUUCCUCACCGCCUGGGGUUGCCUUACAAACGGGCGCUGCGCACCUUGAUGGCUGACUACCUCAAGCGCAUCAUCCAGGACAGCGUGGAAGGUCAUGAUUCCAGCGAGGACGCCCGCGCUUGCAUGGAGCUGAUGAUCUGGAAGAUCAAGGAAGACGCAAAAGUGAAGCGGUGACAAAAGGGGCCUGCCGUUUUUCUCCUUUGUGUCUUUUCCAGCAAAGUGCAAUAAUAAGAACAACAAACCCUCCAGGGAAACUGUAACCGGUAGCAGGCACAUCCCCUGACUUCCCCCACCCCGCUCUGAGUUUGCAGGUAUCCCUACGGAGCUGGUAGUAGCGUCAUCACUGGACACCUCCCCUCUGUGGGCGCACGGCUAGGACGGAAAGCAUAUGACCCCCGCGAGGCUCUGCCAUGGCCUCACCCAAACAACGUGGUAGACCCGUCGGAGGAGUCAAGAACCAACACCUCCCCCAAAUCCCCUCCCUAUUUACGAACGUUGGAACAGUUCGGCUUCUGAUUGAAACAUGGUCUCUCACGCUUUGCGUAGGCUGUGGCAUUUGGACACAUGGGAAUUGAAGACGCUGGGUGGUGGUGGUUGCGGGGAAGGAAAGAGAGAGAGAGAGACGCAAGCUGUGAAGGGCUUAGAUUGUGCUGUGGGGAGAGCAGCUCAUUUGUAGUGCUGGUGGAGAGGCCUUGGGGUUGGGGGCUGAGGUCCAGUCUGUUGGCCAGGCGAUAGGACUACAGGAACAGGGAUUUUGAGCCUUGGGACAUGGUUACAGUGGAACGUCCUGUUGGUGCUGGGGGCAUGGAGGGCCUCUGUGAAGCCAGGUGGUAGGGGGCCACAGGAAACAGUCCAGCCUCAAAGGGGUGCAUGUGGUCUCCCGUAGCGUUUCCCAUCUCUCUGCAACUUCAGUGUAGCAGCUGAUGUGAAACUGGUUGAUGGGCAGGGGGUUGGUGCAUGCUGAAAUUGCGGGGUGGGGGAAGCAGCAGGGCAGUGAUGGGGGAAACUCACUAGCUGCCGCCUCUCCCUUGUCAAAAGCUCAGGCUGGGUUGUAGCUCUUUCCUCAGCCCCUGCGGAUUCCUCGUUUGCCCUCUUGCAGCUUGUUGCAGCUGCCAAGAGAGGGAAGGACGUGCAGCCGUUUAGCGGCAGCAGGUCACCUUUGGCUUUGCAACGGAGGUGACGGAUUUUCAACUUGUGGAAAUAUUUUCCCAGCCGCCCUGCAGGAGUCCACUUUCGAGGGCUGACCCCUUUCUCAGGCCUUUGCCAUCUUCACACUCCCCCGGCUGCCUCUUACAUCAGGGACCGUUUGGCACACAGCUCGCUUUCUGAUUGGUGCUGAAAGUGCCGCCACCGGGGGGCCGGGGAGAACACAUACAACUACCACUUCUUCCCCAGUAGAGAACCAUCCAGGUUGUUGCCUCUUUGGAUUAAAAUGGCAUUGAGGAAAGAGGAGAGGCUCUUGAGUCGCCUUCUCCCAAGGGCCCAGAGGCGAUAGCUGGAACUCAGCUUGCUUUGGAGAGGGGAGCGGUCUUCCUGUGUUGCACCCUGGAGGGAAGAUGAUGGCAGGGCUGACCAUGCCAAGGGUUGCAGGUGUAGGAACCUCCCUGUACCAAAAGUACAAGCGCAGCAGAUUUGAGCUGUGUGAACAGCCAGUUCCCAAACGAAUCUCAAUUUUGCGUGUGGUGCCUGCGCUCAUUCAUGCAAAUACCAUUUACCCAAAGGGGUUCCCCUCUGGGUGUCAGUUCUCUGUCACAUCCAUAAUACUAAUUCUCCCCAAAGUGCGUGCCCCACAGCAGCCCAGGAUCAUAGAGGGAGCCAUUCGUACAACCGUGUUCACCACCUGCCACAUGACCUGGAAUUGGUGGUUGUGUGAAUCCUGGCUAGGGUUGAAAACCCACGAGACCCUUGUGGGCCUUAGCCUGGGCACUCCUUUCUAAGUCUUUCAGCCCCCUCCCCCACUCUUUAGAGCAUGCCACUUUUCAUUUCAAGCUCAGCCGUGGCACUUUUUACAGCACUAGGAAGUAUUCCUAACACUGGCUGCUUUCCUUAAUGCUGCUUUUGCCAUGGGAAAACGUGACCCAGCUCGAUUUGGGAAGACAGGAGUGAGAAUCUGUGCCCCGGUGUCUAAAAGGAAAAGGCGGUGGUUGCAUCCAACGUCCUUCUCAAACCAUGCAUAUAUAUACACUCAGUAUGAGUGUAAAUGUUUUUAGGGAUGGAAUGAGUUAGAAUACCAGGAGGGGGAAGCGUUUUGGAGUUACCUGUUAAUCAAGGGGGCAUAUCUGCACUACAAGCUUUUUUUGCUGCCCUACCUCCCCACCACCACCCCGAAAGAACCUGGGAACUGUGAUUUAAGGAGAGCACCUAAAAUCCUCUCUCUGAAGGUUCAGGCAUUUCCCCCCACUACCAAUGGGACUUAAAAGUCCUCUGGGAUUCAGAGGCCGUUAAAACUAAUUCAUUCCCUUUAAAUAUCUGCUGCCAUGGUUUGGCCUUUGCUGCCUUGCCAGCUAGAAGCAGCUUUCAGUCUGCCCUCUGCUCCUUCCUUCAAGGACAAGAUUAUGAAGCGAGUUGCCCUUUCUCUCUUCUCUGGCCCCCUUAAUAAUAAUUUAAGAGUGCAGGUUCCUCCUCGGUUGCUGUCCGACGGCGAUUCCCACACCUCUCGUUUAUAACACUGUAUAGUUAAUUAAAUGCUGUCAACUUUGUAUAUGCGCAACUGUAUAACUGUUAACACUAUUUUGUAAAUGUUUUUUAAAUUAAAAAGAAAAACUCUCAA